AUGCAAGCUCGUCCGGAUCCAAGACUCGCUUCACCCAGCGCCUACAACCGAGACGAUGUAGUGUCUCUGCUGUCUUCGUUUUACGAGUCGCUUCCACACGUCUCCUCGUCAAUGAUCCAUCACGCCCCGGAAGGCGGCUGGCCAAGCAUCUCCAAAUCCAGCCUCGAGGCCUGGGGGAUCCACAAGACGGACGAGGCCAUCGAGCUCCUGCGCCACCUGCCCUACCUCACCGGGCUCGAGCACGCCUUCGUCGCCCCCGCCGCCUUCGCGUGCGACUACCGGGUCCUCGGGUCGGCCGACGAAAAGACCGCACCCGGCUGGCUGUGGGGCCUCAAGUUCGACGACGCCUUCUGGCCGGGCUGGGUCGUGCAGCUGACGGCCGGCGUGGACAGGGAGGGCGCGUGCUACAUGCUGGACACGACGGACGGCACGGUGACGCGGGGCAGGUCGGUCGGGUUCCGGUUCCCGCCGUCUUACGGGGAGGACGACCCGCGCGCCUGGCGCGACAGGCUGUGCGAUGAUGUUACGCUGCCGCUCCAGGCGCAGCUGCAGACCUGGGCGGCUGGAUAUCGGGAUCUGAUAUACCUGGCUGUGCCGCCCACCAUCUCCGAUUACGCCUGUCCCGGGGUCUACGUGUGGAGUGACAAGGACGGUCCUGGGUCCGUGGACUGGAAUGAGAUCGAGGUGAGUAAUGGCACACUCAUGGGCCUAUCAAUCGUUUUCACUGCCUAG